AUGUCUUCUCCCGAGAAGUCGUCACCUCCGCGCGACGGCGCCAACGGCCAAGACGAAAAGCCCCGGUUGACAGAAGAGCAGAAGCGCCAGAACCACAUUUCUUCAGAACAAAAGCGCCGUCAAGCCAUCCGCGAUGGCUUCGACAAGAUGGCUUCCAUCGUCCCCGGACUAGAGGGCCAAGGCCGUUCCGAGGGACACGUCCUGAAUGUCUCGGUCCAGUUCAUAUUGGAGCAGAUCGAGGAGCGCCGCCGGCUAGUCGAGCAGGUUGAGGCAAGAGGUGGUGUGGUGUCCGAUGAUCUGAAGGCCCCGCUGAAUGUGGACCUAAGCAAGGUGAACCUCGAACACCUCCAGCAGCGCAACGGCAACGCAGGCGGCUCGGGGCUGUGA